AUGGACUCGACACCCGCCGCCGAAGUGCAUCCACCCGGCGGAGCUCCCGUUGCUGAGAAGGGACAGUCCGCUCCCGAGACAACCUCACCGACCCUCCCUGUGAUCGAGAAGCCCGCGAUGCAAGAACCCACCGCCGAAGAGAAGCCCACGAUCCCCGCCGAGCCAUCUGCAACGAGUGCGCCGGUACCGAGCGCAGCGAACCCGCCCAAGCCGGAGGACGACGACGAUGCGGUGACUAAGGUGCUCCGGUUCCUGUCGACUGCGACACCAGAAACACUUGGCGCCAUUGCGGUUGGGCUUGCGGCUUCCACCUACUUUGUCCUCGGCAGGGCUGGACUCGUGCUCAUUGGCGCAUUCGGCGGCGUCGUCACAUUCAUUGCAUACGAGGCGCGCCAUCCAGAAGUCUCCCGGGCUGUCCGGGGUGAGAAGGGCCUCGAUGUCUUGGAACGACUGUCCAUCACGAGGGUCGCUGUGCCGCCCAGUGACGAUGCGGAAGAGGAAGAGAAACAGAUCCAAGGCUUCGACGACUUCCAGCCUGAGACGCGCGAGGCAUUGACCGGUCUGGUGGACGCCGUCAUUCGCGACUACGUCAAGUGGUGGUACUCGCCCAUCCUGCCAUCCGAUCGCUCGUUCCCGCUGUCCUGCCGGAAGCUCCUCAACUCCUUCCUUCUCCGCGUUUCAAACCAGCUAUACCGCAAGCGACCCGCCGACUCGUUCCUCGAUUUCAUGACGAACGCUUCGUCCAUGUUCAUUGUGUUCCUGUCCGAGCUGUCCUCCGCCUUUACCGAACAACACAACGCUCCCGGCGCAUCCGCUGCGGACGUUGUCUCCAAGUACCUCGAAGAGAACCCAAACUCCAACCUGGCCAACCUCAUGAACCACCCGCAGCAAGCCGCCAAGUUCCGCAAUGUGGCAGACGACUUGCUCGGGUACCUUGAUCGCUCAGCCUACAACUGCGACCCUGCGCGGGUGUUCCUGCGAGAAAUUCUGGCCGGCGUGAUACUGGAGAUGACUCUGCAGUCGUGCUCAAAGCCGGAGUGGAUCAACGGCUGGAUCGUCUACCUGCUAGAGGCCGGCGAGCCCGACUUCAGCCAGGCCAUUGAUGUAGGCAUGAAGACGGGGCCUGAUGCCGCCGCAGACGCCGCAACGGCUGCAGCCAACAACGCCUUUGUUGACAUUGACGGAAACCUCGGCAACAUUGCACUGACCAAGGGAAACCGGAGCUCCCUGGAUAUGGAACGCGCGCGCCAGAAGGGGUCUACGGCGCAUAAGAAGCAACUAAGCAAGGCCGAUGAAGAGAUGGAAGAAGCCAUGGAGGAAAUGAAGCGCAUGAACGCCCUGAUCGCGGAGGAGGAGUCCAAAAGAAAGUCCCGCCAGAGCAUCGGAGCAGACCCGUCAGUGCAAAUCCCCGAGGGCAAGAUUGUUUCCUCACCAGGGGAACUGUCUCCUAGAUCACAGUCUUCGGCAGAGAAGCCUUCAACACACACAUCUAACGCUUCCCACGGAUCAGCCAAGGACGGUAGCCUGCACUCGCCCAUCACGCCAAAGUCGAGUGUGGAGGAGCCAAGCAGGAACCCGUCGCCGAAACACGCCGCCAAUGGAAGUGUAUCAUCUCAGUUCACCAGCUUCGACCAGAUCGUGCCUCCCGGGAGGGAGGAUCCGGAUUCAUCUGAUGAAGGCCCUCGCAAGCCUUCCUUGACGCUGCACAAUGCCACCGUCAUCCUCCAUGACGACACCGACAAUGAAAAAGCUCGGAUCCGAACGAAGCCUACUUGGGACUAUCUCGUCCAGAUCGAGCCAUCAUCGCACCACUAUUCUGGCUGGAUGAUUGUCAGGCGCUACUCUGAUUUCGAGACUUUGCACGAGAUCUUGAGGCGGAUCGCCACAAUUUCUGGCGCGACGGCUUUCACGGAGCAGCAUGCGGAGCUUCCCAACUGGAAGUCCCAUACCAGAGCAUCCCUGCGUGGCGAGUUGGAGCGAUAUGUGAAGGAUGCUUGUUGGUACCAGUCACUCGCCGAGAGCGAAGGAAUGAAGCGCUUCCUGGAGAAGGACAAUGGCCUCGGCCAUGGGCACAGCAACUCCAAGUCAGGUCUGGCAUGGGACACUGUCGGCAAGAACAUGCUGGAUGUUCUGACGAUGGGCCCCAAGGGUGUUGCUGAGGGAGGAAAGGCUGUUUUUGGUGGUGUGACGGGUGUGUUCAGCAACAUCGGAUUAGGCGCAAGAAAGAACACGGCUUCGUCAUUGUCGGAGAUUCAGACGAGCCAGAUCCAGACGAACAACCGUUGGUCGACCGGCACUCCACCCAGGAUGGACAGCACCACCAGCCUGAACGCAGCUCUCACUUCGCCCAUAGGCAAUGGACCUCGGAAGCCUCGGGACAGUCUGGACAGUCAAAGAUCGUCGAUUGUCUCAACUCAGCCCGGCAAGGUCGCCCCUAUGGAAAGGAGACCCAGCUUCGACCCUCGAGGUGAUUCAGAGGCGGACAGCUUGAAGCCUCGAUCUGACCGAUGGGAGCGGAACACGCCGAGCGCCACGGGUAGUCGCGAACAUAGUAGAGCUUCUAGCCUAGCGCCGCUGCAAUCUCCUCCUCUGCGAUCGCCGUCGUCGACGAGUCUAGAUGUUAUGCACAUCCAGCAUCUCCCACCACCCCCUGACGAGAUGCCAGAGGACUGGGAGUCGCCCACUCACGGUGACAUGCAGUCGAGGAUGAACGAGGCAAGCCAGCCGCGCAACAGCACCGGUGCUGCCUCGCCAGGAACCAAGAAGGAGCCAAAACCUGCGCGACAGCAUUCUCCGCUGUCAGAGCAGGAAACAAACGUAGCAGUAGAGCUGGUCUUCGCCAUUAUCAAUGAGAUGUACACGCUCUCAUCGGCCUGGAACAUUCGCCGAACACUGCUGGCCGCCGCCAAGUCCUUCCUCCUCCGCCCUGGCAACCCUUCCCUGAUUUCCAUCCAGCAGAUGAUGCAGGAGUCGGUCAUUGACGCCAACACAAGCGACGCGGGGCUGGCCUACCACCUGCGCACACUGCGGGAGAACACGAUGCCGACAGACGAAGAACGAGCGGCUUGGCCCGCCGAGAUGACGGACGAAGAGAAGGAGAAGCUGCGCAUCAAGGCACGCAACCUACUGAUUAGACGGGGUGUUCCGGCUGCUUUGUCGGGCGUCAUGGGACAGGCUGCCACGACGGACGCGCUCGGGCGCAUCUUCGACAGCCUCCAGGUCGAGGAAGUCGCGCGCGGGUUUAUCUUCGGCAUGAUGCUUCAGGCUGUCAGGGUCGUUACCCAUUAA